UGUGGCACAGCGUCGAGUGACCGUUCGCCCGCGCUUUUCAGGCUUCAGUGUUUCUUUCCGAAGGUUCUCUGUUUUCGUAAGAGGUUGCUCAGUGGUUUUAUCCAGCGACAGGGGUGCGUCCCUGAAUGUCGAAAUGCCUGUUAAAAGAUCACUGAAAUUGGAUGAUCUGUUAAAAGCAAAUUCAUUUGAUUCUUCAAAAAUCACAAGGAAGAUAAGUGUUACAGCCUAUUCUCCAACAACUGGAACCUGUCAAAUUAGCCCAUUUGCUUCUCCCACAAGCUCUAAAGAACAAGAGAACAAAAAUGGACCAUCAGAUGGAAAGAGGAAAAACUGGAAUCACCUCAGUAUAACCAAAAGAAAGGAAUCUACUACAGAAGACAAUGAUGAAUUCAUGGUGUUGCUAUCUAAAGUUGAGAAAUCAUCAGACGAAUUCAUGGAAAUAAUGCAAAAUUUAAGUAAUAUACAGGCUUUGGAGGACAGUAGAGAGCUUGAAAAUCUCAUUGGUAUCUCCCAUACAUCAGGUGUCUUAAAAAGAGAAAUGCAGAAAACAAAAGACCUACUGACAAAAGUAACAAAACAAAAACUAUUUGAAAAGAAGAAUUCAGGACUUCCCAACAAAGGCAUUUAGAAGAAAUGCACUCACUAUGAAAACGCCAACUUCUGUAUCUGCCUGAUCAUAUUUAAAGGAACAGAAGAAAUGUUUGUAAUUAAUCUGCCCAAUAAAUACCAGAUCAUAGCACAGGCAAGUGCAUGUCUAGAUAAAAUUUCUUGCAGCUAAUUUAAACUUUCUACACGCACCAGUAGAUAAUCUCAACGUAAAUAAUACAUUUCUUCUUGACCCUUUAAAGUAAGCCAACAUGUAGAAGAGGAUCUUGACUUAUAUUUUGUAUCUCAUAUGCUUCUAUAUAUUUUUAGCAUUUGUGGAUAGACUUAAUAAAGCAUUAAUAAAAAUGGCACCUUUGGUAGAGCUAUAUAUUUUAAAACUCAGAUUAAAUCUAAUAGUGGUAUUAGGUACCAGUUUUCCCAUUUAAAGCUCCAGAUGUGUAUUUAUUAGAUUCUUUUGAAAGCUUUUAAAAUUUAUAAGUUUAUUUUAGCUAUCUCAGGGAUGAGUCUUCAUUAUAUUCUAGUUAUUCUUAUGCUUGUAGAGAAAAAGUAUUUUCAAACUUUUAAAAUUUCCACAUCUCCUUUUAUAAAAUAUUGGAAUGUAUUUUUCAGUAUAGACUUUUAAAUAUGAAGUUGUUUUUAAACUGAACUACACAGACUACUGAAUUUAAAGAAAAGACAUAUCUCAUGGAGCAAUAUGAGAUCCCCUCCAAAUUACUUUGAAGCAUUAUUUUAAAUUUUUAAUUUUCUAGUUUUUUUUGUAUCAUUUGUGCUGUCACAAAAUAAAGGGGAAGAGAGAAUCACAGAAUUGAUAGCACGUUUUUUUAAACCUUAUAUACUUUUCUUCGACCAUUUCCACAGGGGAAAAAAAUGCUAUUCCCUUGUAUAAUAUCUUAUACAAAUUGUCUUGACAAAAUUUGUGUAAGGUAUUACCAUGUCAUUUAAUUCACUGUAUCAUGAAAAUAAAAAUACUAUGAAAAAUUUGAAACAAAAUUUUUAACAAAUUAAGGUUGAAAAUAACUAAUUUUCCAUUUACAGAAAUUUCAGAUUCACCUCUUAAAAUGAAAAUGAGUUAUUUUUUAAAAACUAUUCAUUGAAAUGAUACUAAACAGUAACUCAAUAAAACUAACUGCCUUCACUAGUGAUUUUAUUGGUACUACUUAAAUAAGGUUUUUAGAGAAUCUGCUAAAUAUUAAGGAUACUUUGUGAUACAGUGCUAAUAGAACAUUGCCUAAAAUAUACCAAAAAGGAUAAUUCCUUUGUGUUCUACCAUUGAAAACUUACCUUAGAAUGUAAGCCAAAACAUACAAAGAAACCUACAUUAGUCAGGAAAUAAAGGGUUAAGAAGUAGAUUGGUUUCAUAUGUAAUCCAAGUUAUGUAGCUAUUUGCUUAAUGCUAUUAAAUCAGUUACUGUAUGUUUGACCUCUUGAUAUACUAAGCUUUUGCCUUUCAGAACAGCUGGGUCGGCUAAGAAUCCCUUCCCAGUUCUGUUCAUUGUAGAUCAGAUGACUCUCGCUUUAUCACCCUUGGAGGCCACAUGAAGGACAAAGCAGAAAGAUCCACACA